AUGUCCCAGCUAACCCUGGGAAAGUGCCUGAUUCUAACGUUGGCCAAGGCAGCGCACAGGGAUAGCCGAGGAGGGGGUACGAAUGCAACGCUAAGCACGUGGUCGCCGUCGGCGUCGUUCGCGGAUCUGGAGGAUGAGGACGACGAGGAGGUACAGAAACGAGCGAAAGCUCAGGGCUGGUCAUCGUGGACCGAGUGGUCCACCUGUUCGCGGUCAUGCGACGGUGGUGUUGCAUAUCAGUUGCGCCGGUGUCACGCACCCCACGGCUGCAAGGGGGACGCGGUGCGGUACAAAAUUUGCAACAUGCAGCCCUGCCCGGAGCAGCAAGAUUUUCGGGCCCACCAGUGCUCGGCGUACGACGAUGUGCCCUACGACGGGGCCCUGCUGAAGUGGACCCCACACUACGACUACUCGGAACCGUGUGCCCUCACCUGCAGGGGCCGCCCGCAGCACCUGCUGGAGGACAUGCCGGACUCGGCCGGAGCCAGCGAGUCGUUCCCCAUCAGCGACGACGAGCCGAGCGUCAUCGUGCAGCUCUCGAACCGCGUCCAGGACGGUACCAGAUGUCGCCCGGGCAGCCUCGACAUGUGCAUCCAGGGAAAGUGCCAGCGCGUCGGAUGUGACCUAAAGAUUGGAUCCACCAAGAAGAUCGACGUGUGUGGGGUUUGCGGUGGCGAUGGCACCUCCUGCACGCAGCCCCUCUACCAGUGGGAGAUAGCGCCGAUGUCACUCUGCUCCGUGACCUGCGGAGGCGGGUACAAGAUGGCGAUGCCAACCUGCCGCAACCGGGUGACUGGCGUGGACGUGGAGGAGUCACUCUGUAACGCGUCGUCCCGCCCGGAACCCACCGUCGUCCAGUGCAACACCCAUCUCUGUCCACCGAAGUGGGUGACGGACGACUGGAGGUCCUGCUCGAAGAUGUGCGGUGGCGGGAUCCGGGAACGAGUCGUCGUUUGUGCGGAGGAGAGCAACGGCUCCAAGAACAAGGUUCCGGAUGAAGCUUGUCGCGGAGUGCGGCCCAAAAACCAAGAACCAUGCAACGUCCAGGAGUGUCCCAAGUGGAUCGUCGGUGAAUGGAGCGGGUGCUCGGUGUCCUGUGGUAGCGGAAUUCAGGUGCGCAGCGUCGAGUGUAUGGACACGAACGGACACUACAGUGGUCAGUGCGACCCGACCGCCAAACCAGUGGCCGGUCAACCCUGCACCACCGGCAUCAUCUGUAACGCAGGUUCCGUUUCCUCGGGCGCAAGCGGUGCGAGCGGGACUCAGGUUACUUCUAAUGCCGGCAUCGUCGUCAUUCCACCGUCAUCGGCAACGUCGGCGGACUUUGAUAGCAGUCCGGCCGCUGGCGAAGAGACCGAUCUUGGCGAUGGCGAUCAGACCGCCGACCGGAUUGCGACGGCGCUAAUGAAGGAGAAAGCUUCGAUGCACAUCGAGCGCGACCCGACCCUGAUGACGUACAACGAUCAGCCGUACUAUGCCCAACCGCUGCGACAGGACCGACUACCGAAGGCGGAGAAAAUCGUUUCCCAGCGGGUGCCAAGCGAAGCCACCUUCAUACAGGACACCGAGUGGUCACCGUGCAGCGUGACGUGUGGAGAAGGGAUCCGCCGGAAGCCGUUCCGGUGUAAGAUCUUCCUCGAGUUCUCCAAGCGCGUCGCCGUGCUGAACGACUCGCUCUGCCACGCCUACAAACCGCUCGACGAGGUGGAACGCUGCGUCAUGGAGCCGUGCUCCUACUCGCACAAUUUCGAGGAGUCCUAUCUCAAGGACGGAAAUCGACAGGGAGUGGAGAACAUAAAGGUGCAUGCGGCCGUGCCGGGCAAAACGUACUCCUGGCGCGAAGAAGGCUACACAAGCUGCAGCGCCUCGUGUCUGGGCGGCGUCGAGGAGCUCAUCAUCAACUGCGUACGGGACGACACCGGCAAGAUAGUGUCGCCGUUCCUGUGCUCCCCCGAAACCAAACCGGAAGCACGCAUACGGACCUGCAACGACAUUCCGUGUCCGCCCCGGUGGAACUACUCCGAGUUUACGCCCUGCUCGAAGAGCUGCGGGUUCGGCAUCCAGACGCGCGAGGUGACCUGCAUCCACGAGGUGACCCGCGGUGGCGAGAACACGAUGAUCGUUCCGAACAGCAUGUGCACCACGAAACCGCAACCGGACCGGCAGUACUGCAACAUCAUCGACUGCCCGGUCCGAUGGGAGGUGUCGGAGUGGAGCAAGUGUUCCAAAUCCUGUGGCGGUGGCUUCAAGGAGCGACGCGUCGAAUGCAAACAGAUCAUGGCCCAGGAGCACAAGGUCGAGCGUCCGGCUUCGAUGUGCCCGAGCAGCAAACCGCCGGACAAGAAGCCCUGCAACACGAAGGCAUGCGCUCCGGAAGAUCAGCGACCACCGAUCGCGGGGACCAACUCCACCUUCAUCCAGCACGAUCCGAAGAAGAACAAGAUCACGCUCAAGAUCGGUGGGGCGGCCACGGUGUUCUACGGGACGCAGGUGAAGAUUAAGUGCCCGGUGAAGCGCUUCAAUCGGACGAAGAUACGUUGGUCGAAGGACCAGCAGCCGCUGCUGAAGACGAAGAAAAUCAAAAUCUCCAAAAAAGGUGCCCUCCGCGUGCUGGACGUGACGUUCCGCGAGGCCGGCAUCUACACGUGCCACGCCGGUCUCAGCCACGCCGAUCUGAGGCUGGCGGUGAAACCGAAGCCGGGCAGCGAAGGGCAAACGGAUCAGGACCAGGAACGCCAUCGGGAAGGAGCCGACCUGAACGCACUGCGCGCGAACUCUUUCGCCAUGGCUAACGGGAGCGACGAUGAAAAGAGUGGCCGACGGAACAGGGAUCGCCAGCGGGGGAAAAACCGACAACGACAGCAACACGACGUAAAUGCCAACGACCACGACGCCCCAGACGAUGAGGAGCUCCGGUCGCACUCGCAAAUGACCGUGUCCGGCAGUACGGUGGCGUCGGAUGCUUCCGCCGCCGCCAGUUCCGGCACGCGUACGAUGCCCAUGCCUCACUUCCAGCAUCUACUGGCCGGCCUACAGCUUCUUUGGCCAUUCCAGACAUUCAGCAACACUAGAAAUCGCCAGUUUCUGAUGGAGCAGCAGCGCCUCGAUCCGUUCGACGGGUCGAUUGGGCGUGAGGAGAAGGACGAAUCGGGCCGACCGGUGCACGUCUAUCAACUGCUCAAGUCUCGCACGACCGGUGACGCCGCGGAUGAGCCGAUGAGCCACGACAGCCAAGCGAUGGACGACUAUAAGUUCGAGUGGAUGACUACUCCGUGGUCGGAAUGUUCGCAAACAUGUGGAGCGAAUGGCGGAGGUUACAAGUUACGAUCGGCCCACUGUAUGCUGCGGAUGACCAACUCGAGCCGCACGGUCGACAACAGCUUCUGCGAAGACGCCGGCCUCCCGGUGCCGGAAACGAUCGACAAGUGCGGCAACGUCGAGUGCCCCCGAUGGGUGUCGACCGACUGGAGCCCGUGUCAGCAGUCGAAGUGCUUCUCGUGGCACACGGCCCUCCAGAAGCGGGACGUGUUCUGUGAGUUCGACGGCCAACGGAGCGCCGAGAAGGUGUGCGAGGCCGAGGAGAAGCCCGUCACCAAGCAGGAGUGUUACAACGAGCUCUGCAAGGGCGUCUGGCGCGUGGAGCCAUGGUCGGAGUGUAAUGCUGCCUGCGAAGGACAAGGCAUCAAGUACAGGAUACUGCAGUGUGUCUGGUACGGCACGAAGAAACCGGCCGGCAACGCGUGCCGCGAUCAGCCGCGACCAGCGGUCAUGAAAGUGUGUAAAGGACCACCCUGCAUUUCGAGCCUGUCGGAGUGCAAAGACCAGUCGAGGUACUGUAAAAAUGUAAAAUCGAUGGGCAUUUGUAGACUGCACCGUUACCAGCAACUGUGUUGCAAGACUUGUAGGUUUAACGUUUACAAUUAAGCAACGACGAGC